GACGUGAUCGAAGCGAUUGUGUACCUUCACACCUUCACUCCACCUGUGCUGCUCCGAAAUUUGAAGUCACACAAUGUGUUGAUAUCCGCAGAAAUGCAAGCUAAACUCACCGACAUCGGCGCCACACGAAGCCUGCCAGAUAGCGGAUCUGAAGUUGGGAUGCAUCGAUGGCUUGCACCCGAAUUGAUAUCGGGCAGAAGAUAUCACAGCCAGCCAGCGGAUAUAUUCGCGUUUGGCGUACUCCUCUCGGAAUUCGACAUGCACAAUCGUCCGUACGACGAUGCACUGAACAACGAUGGCAGCCAACUCGACGACUUGGCUAUUUUGCAGCAGGUGGCUAGCGGCAAUCUUCGACCAACAUUUAGUGAUACUUGUCCACCGAUUGUCCUGGAACUGGCGAAGCAGUGUAUGGCUCAAGAA